AACCUAGAGGAAAUAGAACAAAGCAUGAAAACUCUUCACAGUGUGGAACUAACACCCACAUAUAUUACAACUCUACCCUUCAAGAACAAUAACCCAUCAUACACUUACAGUUACAAUGCUACAAAAAGAUGGAAGAUUAAUGCAAAAGCAAAAGGGUUCAAUGGGUCAAAUAUGGAAAAGAAAAAAACCAUAACAAAUGAAGAAAAAAUGAAGAAAAUGAAAGAAGAAGCAGAAGCAGAUGAUAAGAUACCAGAUGUGGUGAUGAACAGGAUGAUAGUUAGGAUAUUAUUUAAUGUGGGUGUGCCUUUGGUGACUGGUUUGGGUUUGCUUCAAGUGUUUAGUGUAAUAAAGGAACAAAACUUGUGGCAAAUCCCACGUUGGCUGCCAUUUUUGACAACUUUUAUAACAUUUGGUGCUUCAACACUUGGGAUUGCUUAUGGUACUUUGUCUACUAGUUGGGAUGCUGACAAUAAAGGGUCAGUUCUUGGGUUUGAAGAAGCUAAAAAGAAUUGGGUUGAGAUGUGGGAACAAGAUGAUUCUGGGAACAAUUGAGGUUUGGUUGACUAAUGAGGAGAAAACUUUUAUUUCCAGAGCUUAGUAGUGUACUAAAUUGAAUGCAUAAAGUACAAGUUAUUAUUGCAUUGUUCUUUUAUAUGAUCAAGUCAUUUCUAAAUCUGCAUAAAUAAAA